AGCGGUGGCCGGACGGGCCCCAACGGCGGCUCCGGGGUCCCCCCCCAGCCCCCCCCGGCCCCGCGGGAGGCGGAGGUGACGGUGGAGAUUGGGGAGACUUACCUGUGCCGGCGCGCGGACGGCACCUGGCACUCCGCCGAGGUGAUCCAGUCCCGCCUGAACGAGCAGGAAGGUCGCGAGGAAUAUUACGUCCACUACGUGGGCUUUAACCGGCGGCUGGACGAAUGGGUGGAUAAGAACCGGCUGGCGCUGACGAAGACGCUGAAGGAGGCGGUACAGAAAAGUUCGGAGCAAUUCUUGGGCGAACUGGCCGAGCAGCCCGAGCGCAAGAUCACCCGCAACCAGAAACGCAAGCACGAUGAGAUCAACCACGUCCAGAAGACCUACGCCGAGAUGGAUCCCACCACCGCAGCGCUGGAGAAGGAGCACGAGGCUAUCACGAAGGUGAAGUACGUGGACAAGAUCCACAUCGGUCACUUCGAGAUCGACGCCUGGUACUUCUCGCCCUUCCCGGAGGAUUAUGGGAAGCAGCCCAAGCUGUGGAUCUGCGAGUACUGCCUCAAGUACAUGAAGUACGAGCGCACCUACCGCCUCCACCUGGGCCAAUGCCUUUGGCGUCAGCCGCCGGGUCGGGAGAUUUAUCGCAAGAGCAACAUCUCGGUCUACGAGGUGGACGGCAAAGACCACAAGAUCUACUGCCAGAACCUGUGCCUGCUGGCCAAGCUUUUCCUGGACCACAAGACGCUUUAUUUCGACGUGGAACCUUUCGUCUUCUACCUGCUGACGGAGGUGGAUCGCCAGGGCGCCCACAUCGUGGGCUACUUCUCCAAGGAGAAGGAGUCGCCCGACGGGAAUAACGUGGCGUGUAUCCUGACCCUGCCGCCCUACCAGCGGCGCGGCUACGAGCAAGUUCCUGAUCGCCCUUCAGUGAGCUACGAGCUGUCCCAAGCUGGAGAGCACGUGGGCUCCCCCCGAGAACCGCUGUCGGACCUGGGCAAGCUGAGCUACCGCAGCUACUGGUCCUGGGUGCUGCUGGAGAUCCUGCGCGACUUCCGCGGCACCCUCUCCAUCAAGGACCUCAG